AUGCCUAUCCUAUCCAACGGAAGUGAAGUUAUGACCGAGCAGAUGGGAAGCCUGUCUCUACGCACCAAUGGCUCUUAUCCAUCGACCGCCAAACAAACCAAUGGAUUUCAUCAAAUCAAGGACGAUGCUGUUCCGAGAACUCAAUGGGCGCAAGUAGCACGUACCUCAGGGAAAGGUAUUGAUCUUAAGCAAAUCUUGGUUUCAAAGCCCAGACCAGACGAAAUUUUGGUGAAGAUUGAAUUCUCCGGGGUUUGUCAUACAGACCUGCAUGCAUGGAAAGGUUUUCAUGAAACAUCGUCCACUCAACUCCUUGAUCUUUUAGGUGGCCAUGAAGGUGCUGGUUACGUGGUCGCGCUUGGGUCACAGGUGCAUGAUCUCCACAUCGGGGAUACAGUUGGAAUACAGUGGAUUAACCGGACCUGUGGAGCUUGCGAGUUCUGCAUUGGUGGCAAUCAACCGCUCUGUCCCGGAAUUCAACUUUCGGGUUGCAAUGUUGACGGUACUUUUCAACAGUAUUGUAUCGUCAAAUCCGACAAUGCAGUUCGAAUUCCGCAUGGCAUUCCACUGGAAAUUGCUGCUCCGAUUUUAUGUGCCGGCAUCACUGUUUAUAAAGCCCUUCUAGAGGCUGAAAUCCUACCAGGGCAGACUGUUGCUAUUGUGGGUGCAGGUGGAGGGCUUGGGUCUUUGGCAUGCCAAUAUGCCAAGGCAAUGGGAUUCAAGGUUCUCGCAAUAUCUUCCGGGGAGUCAAAGAAAAGGAUGUGCCUGGUUGAUUUGCAGGUAAAUUACUAUGUCGACUACAAGUCACUGAAUGUCGUGGAGGAAGUCAAGCGUUCGACUAGUGGUGGCCCACAUGCCGCUGUGAUUGUAUCUUCUGUAGAAGAGCCUUUCCAUCAAUCACUUCGGUAUAUUCGCCCCGGAGGAACCAUCAUCGCGGUAGGGCUUCCACCAGGCAAGAUGUCUACCGAUAUUUUUGCCAUGGUAACGCAAAAAGUCAAUAUCAAAGGCUCGUAUGUCGGUAAUCGACAUGAAACAGAAGAAGCUCUUGCGAUAAUGGUUCGGGCCGGAUUUAAACUUCAAUCCAAAGUAGUCGAUUUCGAUAAUCUGACCAAGGUAUAUGACUUAAUGGAAAAAGGUACUCGUUCCAAUAUUUUGGGCAUUCAUUCACCUCUAUCUAACCACAUUAGGACAAAUGCAUGGUCGGGCGGUUCUGAACAUUGGGGAUAUCCCGUCGGUACUUCCCGACCACUCUGGCUUUCCCAUCUCCCCAGCUAUGAAGGAUACCGGGAAUCGGAUACAGUGACAGUUCCGGAUGAGCAUGUGAUGCAAGCUAUUGUAAAUGAUUCGACUUUUGACGAUGACGUAUACGAUGGACAAGAUCCAUCUGUAAACAGGCUUUUGGAAAGAGUUAUUCAAUUGACAGGGAAAGAAGCAGCAUUGUUUGUUGCAUCCGGGACUAUGGGAAAUCAGAUCUGCCUACGCACGCACUUGCACCAACCUCCUCACGCAAUCCUUCUGGAUCACCGCGCCCACGUCCAAUGUUGGGAAACCGGUGCACUUCCAAUUCUAUCGCAGGCCACUGUCACUGGAGUGGAGCCCAAAAAUGGAAUUUACCUGACCCUUGAUGACCUGAAAGGUCGAAUAAUCGAAGAGAAUAACAUCCAUUUUCCUCCCACUCGGAUUGUUUGCCUUGAAAAUCAGCCUGACGUGCCCGUUCCACAAGGCCGUAAACCGAUCGCCAUGCAUCUUGACGGGGCCAGGCUCUGGGAUGCUGUGGCUGGCGAAGGGGUUGGUAUGAUGGCUGCUGCUGCUUUGGCUGCACUUGACAAUCACCUCUCCUUGCUCCCCAAAGUACAUGCUCUGGCUAGGCAAGUGGGAGAUUACCUCCAGAGCAUUGGAUACAAGUUAUUGUUUCCGGUGAAUACCAACAUGAUCGUCCUGGACUUGAAGAAAAUGGACCUUCCGGGAGAUCUUAUGGUUGAGAUCUGCAAGCAGCGCGGAGUUCGUGCUUUUCCAAAUGGACGUCUGGUUUUCCACAUUCAGACCUCCGAUGAUGGUGUUUCUCGUCUUCAAGCUGCUUUGCAUCAGCUAAUCAAAGAACACGGGAAAAAUUUGUUACUGAAAUAG